AUGUACAGAAGCAGCCCUUCAAGAGGUCCUAAGCGGACAAAUAAGGAGUCAUUACCACUACCGAAACUGCCGCCUUUGAAUACGAGAGAUGCUUUCAUAGAUCGUUCCAUACAUCAUGUGGCAACUGCUGACGAUACUCUUAAUACAGCAAUCAGUGAUCUUUCCAUAGGAUGGACGCCCAUAUCUGAAAACGCCGUGCAUAAUCCACAAACUCCAUCUUCAAGUCAUGUUCAAUCACCUCCAUCAACUGGUCCCAGGACAGGUUCAGCAUCCAAUUCUAGUAAAUACAGGAGUAGAAGACGUCCCCCACCACCACAGACUGUAUUAUCUGCUGGUGCAAUACCGACAACGGCAACGAUGGACAGUUCCUUCAGAUCAUCAAACAUGGAUACACCUACAAAAAUGAAGCACAGAUCAUUGUUCUCGACUCCAGUACAAAACACAAUGGAUAAUGAUGGUUCUACUGCAACGUUACAAUCUUCAGAGACUGGCAAUUUUGUUGAUCAGGACUCUGUAAUUUCAUCACAAUCAGUACUUUCACCAACAUCUCCCAGUAUACGAAAACAUCAUCCUACGCAUCAUCAUCAUCACCACCAUCACCAUCAUGGGAAAAAUGAUGACGAUAUUACUGAGUCAUACAUUGAUAAAAUUCUUCCACCGAUACCAGUACUUGAUUCUAUAAAUGAUUUUUUUGAAGCUGCCAUGCCACCACCUUUACUAUUGGCAUCCACUUCAAGAAAUGUCAGUGGUCUCAGUAAGAACUCCGAUAGUGUCGAGAGUUAUUAUUCCGAUUCAAAUUAUACAUUUAAUAACUCAACCAAAAGACAUGCUACUGAAUUUAGUUCUCUUCUUGGUGGGAAACCUUUGCAAUUGGCUCCCAGUAUUACAGCACCAACACAACCUUUCAAUAUUGAUCUUUUAGACGAAAAUAAAUUAUACCAAUGUUAUUCCGUAUUCCACUUGUCUGAUAUUUAUGAGUGGAUCCUAAAGAUAUAUUUCGAAUGGUUUAAUGAAUAUAUCUUCGGUAAGAUAGAAUUUUAUCAGGUGGUUCAAAGACUAUUAGAAUUCCAGUUAUCAACUAGUAUAAAUCAAGAUAUUAUCGACUCAAACGUAGAUAUGAUUAUAGAAUCACUCAUAUCCCAAAGCGCCAUUAGAUUUGAACAAAACGAUAUAGUGGAAACGGAAGACUCUGUUGAGGAUUUAGUAAUUAUAGUCGCAGGUUUAGACGUUCAGGGGGUAUUUACUCAACUACUUCCGUGUUAUUCCUUCGUGGAUACCGAUUAUCACUCUUCAAAUACAGCUUGUACGCAAUGUUACUCAUAUUUGUGUAACCAUACUUCCUCUUCAACAACUUCCUCGACCACAACACCAAUCAAUGGUCCAGUAAAGAAAGAUUUGAAGAUAUCUGAAAUUAUAAACAAGUCUGUAGGCGUUUGGACAGAAUAUUGGCAUUUGACACCAAGUGAUCUCCGAGAUAUUGAGCCCCGAGAAAUUCAAAGACAGAGCUUUAUUUUCGAUUUAAUCAUCUUAGAGGAACGCUCAUUAAAUAUGGCUAAUGCUGCCAUUGAAAUUUAUGGAAAACGGUUCCAUCCAGAUCUAUUGCCAAGCGAACCAAAUUUUUCUGAAUUGGCCUUUGAUGUUUUCGUACCUUUGAUUGAAUUGCACAAGGAAUAUCUUCUUUCUCCAAUAUUUUGGAAGAUCAAGACAAUGGGAAAAUUUAUUGAUGGUAUCGGAAAGAUAUAUUCUAAAUGGUGUGAGCAAGCACAUGAUAUCUAUUUGAAAUAUGCAACGGCAAUGGCUACAGUACAUGAAAUUAUAACAUGGGAAAAGGCACAUCACACUGAAUUUGCCAAAUGGUUAAAUGAAAUUGAUAAUUCUCCCGAGAUUAGCAGAUCUAAAAUGUAUUAUGAUGUAAUUUUCUUUGGUGGGUUUUUCAAAUCUCUACAAAAUAUGCCCUUAACAUUACAAUCAAUACUAAAGAACACCGAUCCUAAUGUGGAAGAUUACCUCUAUUUGCAGAAGGUCAUUAAAGAUAUUGAACGAUUGAGUAGUCAGGUGGAUAAAGCACAUGGGGAUGCUAUCGAUCACAGGAACUUGAUACGGUUUUCAGAACAACUAGUUGUAAAUAUCAAUUCACAUCUUGGUUACUCUAAUUUAUCUAAAAAGAAUAAAAAGAUUCCUCAUGAUUCCGAUCAAGAUAACUUUGAUUUAAGAUUAUAUGAUCCAUCAAGAAAAUUAUUAAUAUCCGGUUUAUUAUUAAGAAAAAGAGAUUUAUGGCUUGAUCCAUCACCAAUAUAUUUGGUUCUUUUGGACAAUUAUUUAUUGAUAACCGAACGAAUUAUAGGUAACGAUAAGAAAACUAUUCGAUACAAAUUAAUAGAAAGACCAAUUCCGAUGGAUUACCUAAGUUUAGAGAAAAGAACGCCAAAUGAAGAUUCGUCUACAACUUCGUUAAUUAAACCCCUUACCUCUCCAUUGAGAAAAUCAGCAAGAAUAAUUAAUCAGCAAAGUAACGAAUCUAUUGAAACUAGAAUUAAUAGUUUAGAAUGCUCUUUCAAGAUUAGAAAUAUUGCAACAAAUGAAUCAUUUACUUUUAUCACAGAAAGCCAAGAUGAAAGACAAAGAUGGGUAAAUACAAUUAUCAAUACAUUAAAGUCAACAUCAUCUCUACGAGUAAAUGAUGCUAUUAAGCUAGAGGUUCUUAGCGAUAACUUUGCAUAUAAUGACAAAGAUAUACCCAGUAAUCUAUCAGUUGUUCCCGAGGGUUCUGAGAUAGAUAUGGCUUUGAAAGCUCACCGCCCCACAUCAAACUCUACUUUAAUUCGGACGACCGUGCUUUGUUCUUUAGAAUUCAAAUUUGAAGGAAAAUGUUUCUUACUGGUUUCCACAAGUGAUGGAGUAUUCUUAAGUAAAAACAAGCAAUGCAAAAUGAGGUUUGUAAAAGUCUUACAAUGCAAUGAAAUUCGAAAAAUGGAAAUGAAUUUAAAAAUGGGACUACUAUUUGUAUUAGAUGAUAAAAAACUGUGUUGUUAUAAUCUACCGAGCUUAUUGGGAGCAUACUAUGAUCCAUCAGAAUAUUUAAUCGAUAAUUGUAUUGUAGGGAUAGUAAUUAGGGACAAGGUCGGGUCAUUUAAAUUUGCGGAUGAUUUUGGGAAUUCGAAACACUUAUUUUAUGAAAGAAAGGGCAAGAUUAUUGUAGUCACACCUGAGUUUGAUCAAAUUACCAAAUCUUUGAAAUAUUUUAAAGAAUACAAACAAUAUAGGUUACCGGUAUUUAACAAUGGACUUACAGUUCCUGAGGUCAAAGAUAUUGUCAUCUUCAAGAAAUCGUUUAUGGUUUGUUCAUCCAGAGGUGUUUUCCUAUUCCAGGCUGAUUUUAACGAUAUUGGUAACUUGUUACCUACUUUUAUAGCAAAUGAUGGAGCUUUUGAAUGUGUAGAUAAUGAAACUCUCGGUGGUUCAUCAGAUACCUCUUCCUCCAGUGGCUCUACAAAGCAAAGAAUGGCUGAACUUGUUAAAAAUGAUAUCAGUACCAAUAAAACGAAGCCUAUAACAUGUCUACAAUUAGGAGACCCGAGAGAAUAUCUUAUGAUAUAUGAUGAAGCCAUUGUGAGAAUGAAUGCCUAUGGUCAAGUGGUUGAUUGGAGAAAAGAUAUAUUGGUACUUGACUUCUAUUGUGCCAAUGCGACCUUCCACAUGGGAUAUUUAAUACUAAUUGGGGAAAACCUGUUACAAGUAUACAACUUGAAUUCAAGAAAGAUGAGAUUAUGCGAUGCAAUGCCCAUCCAGAUUAUCAAAGGGAAGAGAAUAAAGUUAAUGAGCAUGUCAGAGAAUGACGACCCCGUUGUUAUCUUGAGCCAUCCAAACAUCGCCAACAAGCAAUUACUGCUCAAAUGCAAGAUAGGGAAAUAA